AUGGUGAGCGGGAUCCUCACUGAUGGAGCUUCUUCACAGGAGAUGGUGCCCUUGUUAAAAUGCACAUGUUUAAUUGAUCAGCUCAUAGCUGGCUCUGCGCCUAUUAAGGUGAUGAGCUCACUGCCACUCACCCGGGUUGCAGAUAUGUUUGUUUCUAAUCAUGCUUUUCUUUCAUCAUUCUCCUUGUGUGUGUGUCCCGCUAACACUUUUCUGUCCAUACCUGUGGAUACAAAGGCUGUGCUCCAUUGUCCUCCUGACAACUCCACAGCUUUGGUGGUAACAUGGACAAUAAGCCCCAGAGACCAGCCUCCCUGCACUAGAGCCCACAGGAGAGACAACAAUGAGACCAGUGAAAGAAACUGUACUGAUGCGAGAAUAUCCUGGCAGUCCAGACCUGAUCAGAAUCCUGCCCUUCAGAUUGAUCCCGUGGCCAUCACUCAUGAUGGAUAUUACAGGUGUGAAGUGGCUGCACCUGAUGGGCAUUUCGGUCAUACAUAUUGCCUCCGUGUGUUAGUGCCCCCCAAGGUGACUCUGUUUCGAGGCAGCAAUGGAACUAUCGUGUGCAGGGCAGCUGCAGGGAAGCCAUCUGCACAGAUCUUCUGGACCCCGGGGGGAGACUGUCACACUGAGGAAGAACCGCUGGGCAAUGGUACAGUGACCGUCCAGAGUACAUGCCACUGGGAGGACCUCCAGGUGUCUACUGUGUCCUGCUCUGUCUCCCAUGUGACUGGCAAGAAGAGUCUGUUCUUAGAGCUGAAAACAGGUGACCAAUUAUCACUAAACUUAACUAUUUUAUAUAUCACCUCCUCUAUUUCGGUUGCCUUGGUCAUUGUGGGAUCCAUUUGGCUUUGGAGAAUCGGUUGCUGCAGAAAAUGCUAAUUAAAAAACAAGCUACUUCAGAUGUUGAGGAGGGUGAAAUGCAGUCUUAUGUCAGCUAUACAGAGAAGAAUAAUCCACUCCAUGAUGCUGUGAGCAAGUGAAGAGGUCUCAGGUGUUACAAAGUGAAGUUGAAAGGCUGUAUCUCUACAGUUCUUCAUAAGUUACUGGAAUCUAACAGCAGGACAAAUGAAUAAAGAUACAGCACAACUACUACUUUGAUUUUCUUAGAGUUCUAGGAUGGAAAAGCUAUUUUGAAAUUAGCUUUUCAAAGAUUCUGAGAAGACAGACACAUUUUAAAGGGUUUUAAUUCAUAUUCUUAUACAACUGAAAAAUUUUAGAAUGUUAGCUGCUUUUAGCUAGAUAUUGAAGAAUUGAUAUUCAUACAAAGAAAGCAAAUGCUCAUGAUAAAAUACUCAAAUUUUUCAGUAUAGUAGAUAAUGAAAACUGAGUUCACGAAAGAACUCUGCAGAAGGAACAAUCAACAGCUUUUAUAUAAUCUUCCAGAAAAUUUUAGGGUACAUAUGUCUAUACACCCCAGGUAUGUAUGUACAUUUGUGAGUCUAUUUACAUAUAUAGCCAUAUGCUUGUCAAGACACGAAUGGAAACAAACCAUGAUACUGUUCUGUACUUACUAAUAAUAUGAUAAGUCUUAGAGAUCUAUAUCAACACAAGCAAAGCAGUUUUAUUCAUUUUAAUGGUUACAAAGAUUCCAUUGUAUGGUUACAUAAUAAUUAGUUAACCAUAGACCUAUUGAUAGACAUUUAGAUUAUUUGUUUUGCUAUUAUAAACAGUAACACAUAGAAUGUUUCUUGUGGGUAGAUCUCUUUGUAUUUAUUUGAUAAUAAUAAUAAUUGUAUAUAUUAAUAAAAAUAUUCCUGAGUGGAAUUACCUGGUCAAAGGGUUGCAUUUUUAUUUUGACUGAUAUUUCAAAUUGUAUCAGUUUUCAUUCACAUCAACUGUGUUUGAAUGUGCCUUUCCAUAUACUGUUAUUUUAUUUUCUGUAAUUUGACACUUCUUCUUUUAAUCAACAAAGUAACUAAUGUGAUGUAACAUUAUAAUAAGAAUUGUACCAAUAAAACCAGAUUUAUGAUUUUCUGUCAUGUUUAUGAGAAAGAGCAGGACUAAGACAGAGGGAACACAUGAGGAGUUAGCUUUUUGAACUCGUUAUAUUGCUAUAGAGGUAUUGAUAGCUACAGCCUAACAGUUUUGCAGAUGUGAUAAAUUGAAAUUGUGUGUUUUAAUGAUGUACAUUUUACUGUGAGGUAUUUAACAAAUAACAGAUGCUCGUUGACUAUAUAAGCAGAUGAAUGAAUAUGCAUUGUAAAGAAAUUGGGUAUCCAUAAAAUAAGUUCUCUGUGUUAAGAUAAUUGUGAAGGGAUGACAUGAUUUUCUGUCAAUUUUUCUGUGGAAUACAGUCUUAAGAAUGUGUAUAUUAAUUGUUUUUAAUCUUAUGAAAAAUAUAUCUUAUUUAUGGAAGUUUAUGAAAAGAACCAGUCUGCUUCUCCACUGCAGGAAAAACAUUAAUUUUUUUUUAUCAUGGUAGAAAUUAAAACAAAAUCCAUUCAUUCUUCCAUUUUGCCAUGUGAAACAUUUAAGACAGAUGUUUUGUCACUGUUUUCCUCCCUCCAGACAUUUUGGUUACAGUAGGCUUU